GGUUGCUAAGGCCACACGCCUUGAAGAAGCAUACGAAGGCGAGAAGAACCGUUAAACCUAACCCCAAAAAAAAGAAUUCGUUGUUUACUCUUUCGUUUUCAAAAAUUAAUUGGGCAUUUUCUACAACUUAAGCCUUUUACAGCAAAAAAUGUUUUACCACAUAUCACUGGAGCACGAAAUCCUACUGCACCCCCAAUACUUUGGACCACAAUUAUUAGACAAAGUUAAAACUAAACUCUAUACUGAAGUGGAAGGCACUUGUACAGGAAAGUAUGGUUUUGUUAUAGCUGUGACUACAAUAGACAGUAUAGGAGCAGGUCUCAUUCUGCCUGGACAAGGUUUUGUAGUGUACCCUGUUAAAUAUAAGGCUAUUGUAUUUAGACCUUUUAAAGGAGAGGUGCUGGAUGCUGUUGUUCGACAAGUGAACAAGGUUGGAAUGUUUGCUGAAAUUGGUCCCCUAUCGUGUUUUAUAUCUCACCAUUCAAUACCAGCUGAAAUGGAAUUUUGCCCUAACGUGAAUCCCCAGUGUUAUAAAACCAAAGAUGAGGAUGUAGUUAUACAUGCAGAAGGAGAGAUACGGCUCAAAAUUGUCGGUACAAGGGUGGAUGCUAGUGGAAUUUUUGCAAUUGGGACUCUUAUGGAUGAUUAUCUCGGGUUAAUUAGUAAUUAGGAUUUUAUUGUAAUUUAUAUUUUGAAAGUUAAUUAUGUGCAUCAUAAGUUUUAACCAGGUGUUAUUCAAGUAUGUGGUCAAAUUUCAAGGGGUUGAGACUAAUUAUUAAAUAGUCUUGAAGUAAUAAAAGUGUGGUAAGAAG